CGGCCCCACGAGUCACGGCGUCGGAUCCCUAGCCUCUAGGACUGGAACUGGACCUGACAAGCACUAUCCUUCCUAGCCUGCGCUUUGACGUGCCCCGAACCGAUACCACAUACAUAUUUGACACUCCUGUACCUUUUCUCCUUCUUCACCACUCUGUUCAGGACCAAUCCCUAAUGUUGGUCACUCACGGUCUUUGUAACGACAUGGCUUCGCAUCACCAACAGCAUCACCAGCACUCCUUUGGUGCAGCUGAAGUAGCAGAGAAGGUAAUGAGGAGAGUGGAAAUUGCAAAGGUUGCUCGAAAUCUCCAAGAUUGUCUGGCUUUUGCAAGCUUCAAGGCCCAGAAUGGCUGGCAAGACCGAACUCUUUCCACCAUUGAGCCCGAGUUUACAGAAAAGCUCAAGAGGAAGAGGCCGUUUCUCGAGGACGACAUUGCCUCGGAUGGCUCCUCUGGCACCGACGAAGAUUUUGCUCCCUUGCCCUCAAUUGCGAACAACCGUUUCUCAAGAUCCUCCAAUGCUACUUUCAAAGUCCCUCAACCUCCCUUCGGUACGACGAAACGAGUCAGGUCGUCAUCAAAUACAAGACUGGACAAGGAGUCUCAUGAUAUGACCUGGAAACAAGAUACCCGCUUAGCACAGUCGUCCCCUGUGCUGAGUCGUACACAAUCGUUUCAAGAGAACCAUCUUUUCCACACGGACCCCAUCAACAUGCCACAUAGCUCGAAUGACGACUCUCCUAUGUUCGAUAUUCAUUCUGACGAUGAUGAUAAUGACCUACCUAUGCCUUCCUUUGCCAAUGAACCUUCGAGCAGCAUUCUCUCCUCAUCGCCUCCUCGAACACCACCUCCAAUGAAACGCAUACUCAAUGUCAACGCAAAACAAUCUGGAGCCGAUCUUUUGCUUUACUUGGCGAACUCGCCGUCUCGCUCACCAGCAAUCAACGUUGGCAAAGAACCACCUUCCACUCCUCCGUCACAACGCUCACAUCUACCUUCCUCGGUCAUGACCACUCCAGGAACACAUCUAGGGUUGUUCAAUGGCGCUCUACAGACCCCUGGUCAGAACUUCAAUCUGGCCGACUUCUGCAAUGUCACGCCUUCGCCGGCACAACCUCAAUGGGGAGGUCGGACACCAGGCAUAGCAAAGACCCCAAAUCGAUUUGCUCGAAGGGGCUUGAACUUUGACACCCUUCAACCUCCAUCGGACAGUCCCACCUUUCAGCGCAAGACACCCUCGAGCAGAGGUCUCGCUCUGCAGCUGGGUGACGAACUUAUUCCACGGUCAUAGGACUGUACCAUAUCUCUCAGACUGAGAAUCUCCUGUCGUUGGAGCGGCAG